CCUUAAACCCUACGAAGACGGCAGCGGCAACGCUCCCGAACCAAAAACACAAGGCACUGCAAACGACAUGUCGGGAAUAGAAGAAGAUAACGACUCUGAUGCACCCGAAGAAUUUACAAACGAGCAGGGGUUAAAGCAAGAUGAAGAGAUAAGACAAAUCCAGAAAGAAAAUAAGGCCAGGGUUAUUCGUGAGGGAAAAGAAAGGCGCAGACAUUGGGCUCAGAAGAAAACACCGCGUCAAUCUGCAAAAAAGGUUGAGAAUGGCCAAGAAGAUGUAGAAACUGGGACGGAUGAGGAGUCUCAGGCCAAGAAGGGGAUGCUUCCUGCUAACAUUGUUGAAAUGCUUGCAUCUCGUGAAAAACAAGUUUUUUUAUCAGACUCUGAGGAUGAGAAGAUUGAGGUAAAGCACACUUCAAGAAAGAAAAAAAAGAAAAGCUCAGGGUUAGAACCUGUUGUUUUGGAGGACAUACCACCUGCUCGAUGCUUACAGAAUUCCUUGGAGUUCUUGAAGAAAAGGAAAAUGCAAGUUCCAAGGUCAUCUUCAGUUUUACACAAUUCCAACCAAGCACUUCGCCUUAAUUGUGUCCUCACUACUUCUGGGUUACGUGAAAGCUGUAAAAGAUUGUAACAAAGUUCCCUGGGGUCCUUCUAAACCUGAGAUCACUCUCAAACUUUCUAAAGGGGGAGGGAAAUCGAAAAGAUUAUUGAUCAGUGCCUGAAGGAAACAAGACAAGAAGGAGCUGCCUCCUAUACAACAGCCUCCUCUUGAUGAAUUUCAUGAUGUUUUUUCCAGAAGAAAUCCUAUUCGUACCUGAUCUUCCACUUCCAACUUCUGGGUUGUUAAUUUGGCCUGUUGCAUGACAAACUUUUUGGCAGGUCCUUAACAGUUUGUGUUUUGUAAAAUUAUUGAAUUUGUCUGCAAUUGUUUAGUCUAUCAUCUGGGAGAACAGUAUCAUAUCAAAAAGGCUCUGCAUUUCCUUGGUGGAAGGUCCACUGGCAUCUCCACCUA